AUUUGAAUAGAUGCGUCGUCGCCCUGCCUUUGGUGCCUGUUGAGCAGCGAGCAGCACAGCAAGCAGCACAGCGACCGGACGGAGCAGCCGAGGAAGAGACAGACAAAUAAGCGUCCAAGCCCAGAGACCAGCAGCCCUCUCACCUCACCUCUCAGUUUCAGGUUUCCAACAUGGCAGCCACCGUGCCGAUGUCUCCAGAGGAAGAGGAGGAACUCCGAGAAGCUUUUGCCAAGAUUGAUGUGGACAACAACGGAUUCAUCAGCAAGGAUGAGCUCAACGAGCUCUUCAGGGCCGCUAACCUGGCACUGCCGGGCUACCGGGUCCGAGAGAUCGUCCAGGAGCUGACCAAGACCAGCGACCAGCUCACCUUCAACGAGUUUACUCAGAUCGUCUGCGGGCUGAAGAGCGGCGAGGUGGCCAAGACCUUCAGGAAGGCCAUCAAUAAAAAGGAGGGAAUCUGCAACGUGGCAGGAACCUCAGAGCAGUCCGGCACUCAGCACUCCUACUCAGAGGAGGAGAAGGUGGCCUUUGUGAACUGGAUCAAUAAAGCUCUGGAGAAGGAUGCAGACUGUAAACAUGUCCUGCCGAUGGAUCCUGCCAGCAACGACCUGUUCACGGCCAUGGGAGACGGGAUCAUCCUCUGUAAGAUGAUCAACCUGUCUGUGCCCGACACCAUCGACGAGAGAACCAUCAACAAGAAGAAGCUCACGCCCUUCACCAUCCAGGAGAACCUGAACCUGGCUCUGAACUCGGCGUCUGCCAUCGGCUGCCACGUGGUCAACAUCGGAGCCGAGGACCUGAAGGAGGGCCGGCAGCACCUGGUCCUGGGUCUACUGUGGCAGGUCAUCAAGAUCGGACUGUUCGCCGACAUCGAGCUCAGCAAAAACGAAGCUCUGGCCGCUCUGCUGCGUGAUGGAGAAAGUCUGGAGGAUCUGAUGAAACUUUCCCCUGAAGAGCUGCUGCUGCGCUGGGCCAACUAUCACCUGGAGGAGGCCGGCUGUGGCAGGAUCAACAACUUCAGCUCGGACAUCAAGGACUCCAAGGCGUAUUACAACAUCCUGAACCAGGUGGCACCCAAAGGAGAUGAGGAGGGGGUCCCCCCCAUCGCCAUCGACAUGUCCGGGAUCAGAGAGAAGGAGGACCUGAGACGGGCCGAGUGCAUGCUGGACCAGGCCGACCGGCUCGGAUGCAGGCAGUUCGUCAUGCCAACAGACGUCAUCCGCGGCAACCCUAAGCUUAACUUGGCUUUUGUGGCCAAUCUGUUCAACAAGUACCCCGCUCUGAAGAAACCCGAGAACCAGGACAUCGACUGGAGCUCCAUCGAAGGUGAAACCAGAGAGGAGCGAACCUUCAGGAACUGGAUGAACUCGCUGGGGGUGAACCCUCGUGUCAACCACCUCUACGCAGACAUCGAUGACGCCCUGGUGAUCUUCCAGUUGUACGAGAAAAUCAAGGUUCCAGUGAACUGGGAUAAAGUCAACAAGCCUCCCUACCCUAAACUGGGCAGCAACAUGAAGAAGCUCGAGAACUGUAACUACGCAGUCGAGCUGGGAAAGAAGGAGGCCAAGUUCUCUCUGGUGGGCAUCGCAGGUCAGGACCUGAACGUAGGGAACCGAACCCUCACCCUCGCUCUGCUCUGGCAGCUCAUGAGGAGAUACACCCUGAACAUCCUGGAGGACCUGGGCGACGGGCAGAAGGUGACCGACGACACCAUCGUGGCCUGGGUCAACGACACCCUCACACAGGCGGGAAAACCCACCAUCUCCAGCUUCAAGGACAUGUCCAUCAGCAGCAGUAUGCCGGUUCUGGACCUGAUCGAUGCCAUCCAGCCCGGAUCGAUCAGAUACGACCUGCUGAAGACAGAAGACCUGACUGAGGAGGAGAAACUCAACAAUGCCAAGUACGCCAUCUCCAUGGCGAGGAAGAUCGGCGCCCGGGUGUACGCGCUGCCCGAAGACCUGGUGGAGGUCAAACCCAAGAUGGUGAUGACGGUGUUUGCCUGCCUGAUGGCACGCGGCAUGAAGAGAGUUUAAAGACGACCAACAGGAAGCCUGAACCGAACACACGGGCUCCACAGGCUGAGGAGCGACUGGAAGCUUAAAGCUCAGAGUAUCUGCACCUUUCAGCAGGACGGGAACUGAACCUACAGGGCUGCGUUCACAUCAGUCAGCUGUCUCAAAGGACAUCAUGCAGGCUUUAAUUGGUCUUCAGGCUGUAAACUCAACAUUUAAAGGCAGAAAUACUCUGAUUGGUUCAGUAAAAGUCUUUGUUUUGUGUUGUCUGACCUGAUUACACACAAUCAAACCUUCACCAAAUGUACGCAACCAAUAAACUGAUUUUUGUAUUAAGA